AUGCAGGCUAGCAAAGAAGUUGCUGUUCUGUUUGUCAAUGAGAAGCUGGAGAAGAAACAGAAGCUUGUGUCGGAGUGUGGCAAGUUCUUCCUUGUGAUGCAGGACGAUGGGAACUGUUGCCUCUACGAUGACACAGGCUGUAUGUUUCAGACCAACACCUGGCACCAGGGUUCAUAUGCCAAGCUGACCGAGUUUGGUGUGUUUGCUGUCUAUGACGCCUCUAACAGGCCCAUCUGGACCAGCACUGCACAGCCUUCCCCCAAGGACAGCAGCUACAAGAUGAUUGUUCUGAACGAUGGCAACAUGGUUAUCUUUGAUAAGCAUGACAAGCCGCUUUGCCACACCAACACUCCCAAGGCUCCUAACGUCAUGAAGCCCAAAGCGUAA